ACUUUACGUCCUAAUUUGCAAGUAGGACAUGUUUGAUGUCCUUCAUGCUAAUAUGACAUCACAUGACAUGCAUAAGCUAUAAGGAAGGGAGUUGUCCUUCACUCCAUGGAACACAACUACAGGAAUUAAAUUGUAAAGCGAGAAGGACACAGGUAUCUUGACCAUCACUUGGAGCCCACACAAGUUUGCUGAGCGUCUGAGGACAGCAGAAGAGGACAAGCAAAAAUGAAGGUGGAGAUGUGGAAGGUGCACGCCACGCUAUGGCGCUAUGUGGAAUUUCAGCAGGUGUUGGAAGGAUUGUCUCAACACGAGCGGAAAAAAGUGGAGGAUCAUCUCUUACGCGAAAUCGAAAAGGCCAGACUCAUAGAACGUCAAGAUGCCAAUGAGCAGACUUAUCGCGCCCAAGAGCAGAUUCAUCUUCGCGACCAGCAGAUUUAUGAAUUAAAAAAAGAGCUUUUCAAAGAAAAAUUAAAAUCCCUGGAGAAAAACCAAAACCAAAAAGCCGCCUGUGAGGACGAGCAGGACGAUUCCGGUUUAGGAACCAGCCGGGGCCCCGCUAAUAAGAUGCCGGCGGCCAAAAGGGCCAAAAGGGGUCCAACUAAGAGGAAGAAGGAGCAGCAGCAGGACAAUUCUGGUUUAGGAACCAGCCGGGGCCCCGCUAAUAAGGUGCCGGCGGCCAAAAGGGCCAAAAGGGGUCCAACUAAGAAGAAGAAGGAGCAGCAGGGCGAGGAGCAGCAGGGCGAAGAGCAGCAGGCUGAGGAGCAGCAGGCUGAGGAGCAGCAGGGCGAGGAGCAGCAGGCUGAGGAGCAGCAGUAGGAUCAUCUCUGCUGACAUCACAGAGGAGCAGCAGGGUGAGGAGCAGCAGGGCGAAGAGCAGCAGGCUGAGGAGCAGCAGGGUGAGGAGCAGCAGGCUGAGGAGCAGCAGGGUGAGGAGCAGCAGGCUGAGGAGCAGCAGGGUGAGGAGCAGCAGGCUGAGGAGCAGCAGGGUGAGGAGCAGCAGGCUGAGGAGCAGCAGGGCGAGGAGCAGCAGUAAUCAUCUCUGCUGACAUCACAGAGGAGCAGAAAGAAGGAAGGACCUCCAACAUUUCGAAUACACGUUCAACUAAAUAUAUGUUCCACUAUAAAUGUUAACUCUUGUUAAAAUAGUUUUUUAGUUAGUGAUUUAAAGGAGUCAUUCAUGUUUAGUAUUUGUGUAAUGGCUGAUAGUUAUUUAUUCACUUGAAAUAAAAGGUUCAGGCUGA